AUAAAAUAAAAAACAGAGAAUCUGAAGAUCGUAGAAGAAAUCGAAGAAACGCUUGUUACCAAUAGAAACCCUAGCGAGCGGAGGAAGGAGACAAAGAACGAGACUUUGAGAGACGAGAGGUUUCGAUUAGAAUCGUGAAAUCAAUACAUAGGAGAAAGGUUUAGUGAUGGGUAAGAAGAAGAAGAGAGCUUCAGAGAAGGUGUGGUGUUAUUACUGCGACAGAGAGUUUGAUGAUGAGAAGAUUCUUGUUCAGCAUCAGAAAGCUAAGCACUUUAAGUGUCAUGUCUGUCAUAAGAAGCUUUCUACAGCUAGUGGCAUGGUGAUUCAUGUUCUUCAGGUUCAUAAAGAGAAUGUUACAAAGGUUCCUAAUGCUAAAACGGGUCGAGAUUCAACUGAUAUUGAAAUAUAUGGAAUGCAAGGAAUUCCACCCGAUGUCUUGGCUGCUCAUUACGGAGAAGAAGAGGAAGAGCCUCCUGCCAAAGUUGCAAAAGUUGAGAUUCCUUCCGCCCCUCUUGGUGGUGUAGUUCCUAGACCAUAUGGGAUGGUAUAUCCGCCUCAACAAGUACCUGGUGCUGCGCGACCAAUGUAUUAUCCUGGUCCUCCUAUGCGUCAGCCUGCUCCUGUAUGGCCUAUGCCACCUCCUCGUCCGCAACAAUGGUAUCCACAAAAUCCAGCUCUUUCUGGACCUCCAGCUGCCCAUUUAGGGUAUCGACCACAACCACUUUUUCCUGUUCAAAAUAUGGGGAUGACUCAGCCAACCUUAGCUCCUGUCGUACAACCUUCACCAGUCACUGGAGUAACUCCUCCUGGGAUUCCUUCAUCAUCACCUGCAAUGCCGGUUCCUCAACCUCUGUUCCCUGUUGUGAAUAACAGCAUUCCUUCUCAAGCUUCACCAUUUUCUGCUCCUCUGCCUGUUGGUGGGGCUCAGCAACCGUCUCAUGCAGAUGCUUUAGGAUCAGCAAAUGCUUAUCCGCCUAACAAUUCUAUUCCAGGUGGGACUAAUGCUCAUUCUUAUGCCUCUGGCCCAAACACUAGCGGUCCUUCAAUUGGUCCACCUCCUGUAAUUGCAAAUAAAGCUCCUAGCAAUCAGCCUAAUGAGGUCUAUCUUGUAUGGGAUGAUGAAGCGAUGUCUAUGGAGGAAAGAAGAAUGUCCUUACCGAAAUACAAAGUGCACGAUGAAACCAGCCAGAUGAACUCGAUAAAUGCAGCAAUAGACAGACGAAUCUCAGAGACUCGUAAACCCCAUCAAGCUCAAAACUUUCUCCGCCGGUUUUACUCAGCGCAGCCGAAUCUAGACGAACCCACUUCAGUCAACGAAGACGGAACAAGCAGCGACUCUGUUUUCGAUAGUAGUCAAUACCCAAUCGAAGAUUCCCACGGAGAUUCUGUGAAGAAGCCCAAGGAAGCAACUUGGGAUAAAGGGUACAGAGAAAGAGUGAACAAAGCCUUCUUUGGAAACUUGACUGAGAAAGGUAAAUUGAAAGUUGCAGAAGAAGUGAGCUCUGAGGAUGAUGAUGAGGAUAGUGUUGAUAGGUCUAGGAUUCUCGCUAAGGCUCUGUUAGAGGCGGCGUUAGAGUCACCUGAUGAAGAACUUGGUGAAGGUGAAGUUAGAGAAGAAGAUCAGAAGUCUCUUAAUGUCGGUAUCAUUGGUCCACCGAACGCCGGGAAAUCGUCGCUGACUAAUUUCAUGGUUGGAACAAAGGUUGCUGCUGCUUCACGGAAGACUAACACGACGACUCAUGAAGUGUUAGGAGUAUUGACAAAAGGAGAUACACAAGUCUGUUUCUUCGAUACGCCGGGUCUGAUGCUGAAGAAAAGCGGAUAUGGUUACAAAGAUAUUAAAGCCCGUGUGCAAAAUGCUUGGACUUCUGUUGACCUGUUUGAUGUCCUCAUUGUUAUGUUUGAUGUCCAUAGGCAUCUCAUGAGUCCCGAUUCAAGAGUGGUACGCUUGAUCAAAUUCAUGGGCGAAGAAGAAAAUCCGAAACAAAAGCGCAUUUUAUGUAUGAACAAAGUUGAUCUGGUUGAGAAGAAAAAAGAUCUGUUAAAGGUUGCUGAGGAGUUCCAAGAUCUUCCGGCAUAUGAAAGGUACUUCAUGAUAUCGGGACUUAAGGGAUCAGGAGUUAAAGAUCUUAGCCAAUAUUUAAUGGAUCAGGCAGUAAAAAAACCAUGGGAAGAAGAUGCAUUCACGAUGAGUGAAGAAGUCUUGAAGAACAUUUCUCUUGAAGUUGUUAGGGAGAGAUUACUAGACCAUGUUCAUCAGGAAAUCCCAUAUGGCGUCGAGCACCGUCUAGUGGACUGGAAAGAGCUGCGUGACGGGUCUCUUAGAAUUGAACAGCAUCUCAUCACUCCUAAACCUAGCCAACGCAAAAUUCUUGUAGGCAAGGGCGGUUCCAAAAUCGGGAGGAUAGGAAUUGAGGCCAAUGAAGAACUCAGGAGAAUAAUGAACCGAAAAGUUCAUCUCAUUCUCCAGGUUAAGCUCAAGUGAAACCAUUCUCCGAAGACUUAUGUUUUUGAGUUUGAUGGAUUGGUUUGUACGCAAUUAGAUAUCUGUCUGUAUAUGUUGUUGUCAAAGAUUAGACAUUUGACAUUAGAAAUAUAAACUUACUACAAACAGACAGUAAUAAGAUAAAGCAACAGAAUUUUG